GAAAAGCUUUAAAUUUAGUUGGCGUGACUGCGUGAGUUGUGGCGUUGUGCAUUAAUAACACACUGCAACUCCUACCCUUCACCUAAGAAACUGCAAAGAGAGCCAUUUCCAUGGAGUCUUCUUCUUCUCCUGCCAACUUUCCAAGAUGGGCACCAAGUCCAAGCCCCUCAAGAUUAUUACUAUCACCAGUGGAAGACACCAAGAUCAAGUCGAGUAGUGCUGCUCAUGAUUCUGCAGAAGAUGGCAUAUCCUUAUCAUGUUCUAGCAUGGAAAGGAUUUUCCCAUUUAGCAUUGGAUUCAAAAGCACUACUACUAGUACUGCUUAUGCUUCGGCGGUUGAAAAGUCAGAAGCUGAAAAUGCUUAUGUCCGAAGGAGUGGUGCUACUGAUGUUGAACUUGGGUCAAGAGAGAAUGGUAUUUCUUUGACAUGGGAGGACUUGUGGGUCGGGGUAGGUGAUGGGAAAAGUGGGCAGAAGAUGAUUUUGCAGGGGCUUACUGGGUUUGCUCAACCUGGUGAGGUUUUGGCUAUAAUGGGUCCUUCUGGCUGUGGCAAAUCUACCCUUUUGGAUGCUUUGGCAGGAAGGCCAAGUUCAAACGCACAGCAGAGAGGAAAGAUCCUAAUCAAUGGCCGGAAAGAAACUCUUGCCUACGGAACCUCGGCAUAUGUGACACAAGAUGACACGCUAAUGACAACAUUAACAGUAAGGGAAGUUGUGUAUUACUCGGCUCAACUACAACUCCCUAACUCCAUGUCGAAAACAGAAAAGAAGGAAAGAGCAGAGACGACGAUAAGGGAGAUGGGUUUGCAAGACUCCAUGGACACAAGAAUUGGAGGUUGGAGCAGAAAAGGCCUCAGUGGUGGACAAAAAAGAAGAGUUAGCAUCUGUAUUGAAAUCUUAACUCGUCCGAAGCUUCUAUUCCUUGAUGAGCCUACUAGUGGACUAGACAGUGCAGCAUCUUACCAUGUCAUGAACCGCAUUAUUAAAUUGGCUCACCGUGAUGGAAGGACUGUCAUUUCAUCAAUUCAUCAACCUAGCAGUGAAGUGUUUGAGCUUUUCCAAAAUCUUUGUCUUCUCUCCUCUGGUAUAACCGUCUAUUUUGGCCCUGCUUCAAAGGCAGAACAGUUCUUUGCUUCAAAUAGCUUCCCAUGUCCAACUAUGACAAACCCAUCGGAUCAUUACCUUAGAACAAUUAACAAGGACUUUGAUGUUGAAAUGAUCGAUGGCAAAACAAGCACUGAGGAAGCAAUCAAUAUUCUCAUAAGGUCAUACGAGUCUUCAAAUACUUUAAAGCAAGUUCAUCUCAAGGUAAAUGAGAUUUGCCAACAGGGAGGUGGAGCUCUGGAGAAGGGACGCCAAACCAACUUCAUAACUCAAUGCCUGGUUUUGACAAGGAGAUCAUUUGUGAACAUGUAUCGCGAUCUAGGCUACUACUGGCUUCGACUUGCAAUUUACAUUGCCUUGUGCUUAUGUGUAGGGACUAUUUUUCAGGACAUCGGCUUGACUUUUGGGUCAAUACAGGCUAGAGGAUCAAUGCUCAUGUUUGUUGCAGCAUUCUUAACUUUCAUGGCAAUAGGUGGAUUUCCUUCUUUUGUAGAAGACAUGAAGAUUUUCGAGCGUGAAAGAUUAAACGGGCACUAUGGCGUUGCUGCAUAUGUGGUUGGAAACACACUUUCCUCCAUUCCAUAUUUGCUAAUGGUAUCUUUAAUUCCUGGAGCAAUUGCCUAUUACCUUGUUGGCCUUCAGAAGAGCUCUGACCACUUCGCCUAUUUUGCAUUGGUUCUAUUUGUGUGUCUGAUGUUGGUUGAGAGCCUGAUGAUGAUUGUAGCAAGCACUGUGCCAGAUUUCCUCAUGGGGAUCAUCACAGGUGCUGGAAUUCAAGGAAUAAUGAUGUUGAAUGGAGGUUUCUUCCGUUUACCAGACGAUCUUCCGAAGCCCUUUUGGAGAUACCCAAUGUACUACAUUGCAUUCCACAAAUACGCAAAUCAAGGAUUCUACAAGAAUGAGUUUGAAGGACUUACAUUUCCCAAUAACCAAGCAGGAGGGCCACCCACCAUUACAGGUGAAGAAAUAUUAAAGGGUACUUGGCAAGUGGAGAUGGGCUAUUCUAAGUGGGUUGAUCUUGCUAUUUUGUUGGGAAUGGUAAUUGUUUACAGGCUCAUUUUUUUGGGAAUAAUAAAGAUAAGUGAAAAGGUUGUGCCAAUGAUCAAAGCUCUUCUUGUUGGUGUUCCCAAACACUGAACAGCUUACAAAUAACCAAUCCUCCUAGCAAAACUAUAGUUGUAUGUACUAAUGUAGUAUGUAAGUCGAAUACGGACACGUAUUCAAGUAUUCUACUAUGGUUGAAAACUUGAAAUGACUUGGACCAAAAAGAAAUAUGUGUAUAAAAUGACUUGCUCUCCUAAGAUAUUAUUUUAGUGGACUAUGAGGAAUAAAUGUAUCUCAAGUAUAUGUAUUAAAUUUAAAAGCUAUAAUUGUUGUGAAUGAUAAUGACUAUUCAUGCAAUAGGUAUUGCUUAAUGUAUGCGAUUGACAGACUCGUAA